UGAAUGGAAUCAAUAUUUCCCUGACAUUCUUUUGUAAUGACCUACAUAACUACAGUGCGCAAUAUUGCGUGAGUUGUUUACAUUUGAAACGCGCACCGCUCAUUUUAGCCUCAUUUGCCCAGAGAUUGGAACAAAUGAGACAUUAGACAUUUCACCCCAGAAAGCUAUUGAGAAAACAUUUCAGGCAAGUGGACAGAGAUAAAACCAGGGAUUCGCGCUUUAGACCCCAUUCUGUAAACAACAAUAUCCUGCACAGAACAUUUGUUUCUUAACACUGUGAUCUGAAUAGKAACAUCAGAUUCACAUUCUAACAAAUGCAAAACUAUAAGAUGUAGGCUAUUGAUUAUUUAGACGAUAAAAGUAGUCACUAUUUUUGACUGCAAACUCAAAAUGAUUUGUUAUAUUUCAUUCCCUCAGAUAUUAAUUAUUGUAAGUUAUAGUACCUAUUCUGAACACAAACUAGGAAUGGACAUUCACUCCCCUCUUCGCUCCCCUUUGAGCAUGCCUGAUAUAAAGAAAGAAAGUCUUGAGGAGACUGCAAAGCCAACAUUGGAUACAGUCUGGCUGAAAUCAAGAAAUAGUACAGAUGACGACAGAAAAGCUAACAACCCGUUUGUGCUUCCAAUGGAUCGUAACAUCUUCAAAAAGAGAGAGAUGGACUCUGUAAUCAAACAACAAGAGAAGAAGUUCUUCAGCAGCCUGCCGACCCAGAUGAAGAGUACCUACCUGUCCCGACUCAGGUGCCGCUCCGCCCCUAUGAGGAGUGCUGUGGAAGACACAAUCCCCGAACCAGAGAAAUGCAGACGGGAAAAAACAACAUGGGCCACUGUGGUCACUAAAAGUUGUAGUCAAGAGAGGGAGAACAUUAGGGACUACUUGUCUAAACAGCGAGAAAAGUUUAUGCAGCAGUACUCUCUGUCAGUGAAGCAAGACACCAUCAAGAAGCUGGAGAAGGACACGGUGAUAGAGCUUCAGUUGAUCAGACAUGCUGAGAAACAUCUGGAACAGGACUCGGUCGCCUUUGAAAAGUUCAUCAAGGAAAACGACCAGAGCUCAGUGGAAGCUGUCAAGUUGGCAGAGAAAGAGACUAUGAUGAAAAUGGAGAAAACAGCAGAAAUUAAAAAAGUAACAGUACAAAUGAUGGCGAUGAAAAGCGACAUCUCAAAGUAUCAAGAAAUCCUGAAGGAGUACCAGACCUACAAAACGUUUCUCAUGGCCGUCGGACCCUUGGAGUGGCGCGAGGAACAGAAGCGCAAGAGGGAGGACAGGAGAGCAACCAAGCAGAGGGAGAGAGAGAAUACAAAAAUGUUCUGUCUACCCUCAUCGGUCAAAGACGAAAAUAAAAAAGGUCCGGCGUAUGCCAGACGCAAUUCAAGAGUCACAAAAUAUUCUCAGAUUAAACAUCAAAGCAAAAGUGGCAAAGUCAGCAGCAUACUUCACCACCAGGAGAGACAGGGGUCCACCAUCCCUGAGGUGCCAGAGACAGCAGAGACCUCAGACAGUGACGAGGAGCCAGAGUUCUGUUACUCCAACCCCAGGGACAUGCUGAAUUUGCUGACUGAUCUGGAGGAGCAGAACCUGUCCUACAUCCAGAACUUCCAGGAAACAGAGGAGGUCAUGGAUGAGAUCAGCAAAACCAUCCAGUUGACACAGGAAAGAAUGAACAGUGAGGCACGGAUCUUGCUGCAGCAGGUAGACAUCCUGAAGAACACCAUCCAGAGGGAGGAGGAGAAGACCUCUGAGCUGGAGCUCAAGUCCAGGAUCUUCUCCUAUGGAGAGUACAGAGCUGACAAACAGGAUGUGAUGCUCAAUGUGCUGCACAAGAAGGUGAAGGAAGUGUACAGGGUGUGUGUGGGAGAGGUGGACUCCAAUAUCAGCACUCUUCACAUGCUGGCCAACAUCGAGAGCAGAAUGCAGGAAGUUAUGGACCGACUGGAGACGCUGCCCCCGGACAACAUUGACACCGUCCGCACCCAGAGGGAGAAGGAGAAGAGGGUCAAGAUGCGUGAGGAGAAGCMGUUGAUGAAGAAACACCACCAAGAGGAGAGACUCCGAAUGGCUCUGGAGAGAGCCACCUCGGACAGCAAGAAGAGGACGGGCAGAAGGCUGAUGCCACGAUCGGAGCCAUCAGAGAUCAAGAAGAAGGACAAGACGCACGCGUUGACCACUAGAGAGCAAGAAGACGCCUUGUACUUCUUUGCCUGAUUAUUUUAAACCAUCAGUAUUCACAGACAAUAUAAGACAGUGACUGAUUUUAAAUGAGCUUUUGUAUACAGUACCAWUCAAAAGUUUGGACACGCCUACUCAUUCAAGGGUUUUUCUUAUUUAAAAAAAAAUAUAUAUAUAUUUUCUGAA